AUGGAUAUAAGUUCUCAAAUGCUAAAUCCCAAGAGGCAGAAGGUGGAUGGUGUAGAAGAGAAUUGAGAGGCCGAAUGAGGCAUAAAGAAUUUAAACAAUUUACCUGAUGUGGUUCUUCAAAAACUUCUCUCCUUUCUUUCAACAAAGAAUGCUAUCGGAACAACUUUAAAAAGAUGGGAAUACUUAUGGAAUUCAAUUCCCACCAGCUUUUUUCAAGCGACUCUUAAUAAGAGAUCUGCCAUUGUGAAUGCUGUGGAAAUAGCACUCAUGCUUCGUCGUGGUGUUGCUAUUAAAAAGUUCACUCUUUGCUUUGAUGUGUUAGGUGAUGCACCUCGUCUUAAUCACUGGAUAUCUGCAUUAGUAAGGCUCAAUGUUGAAGAGCUUUUCCUUGGCCUGUAUAGCUUGAAGGGACCGCUUUGUUUGCCUCAUUCCUUGUUUAGUUCCUCAACACUGAAGGACUUACAACUAGAUGUGCCUCUUACUUUCAAGGUUCCUACUACUGUUUGUCUAUCAAAUUUAAGAAGCUUGACACUGAGAUCUCUGGUGUUUUUUGAUGAAUACUCAACUCAGAAACUCUUUUCUGGUUGCCCGGUUCUUGAAAUAUUGUCUCUGCAUAAUUGUGAUUGGGGGAAUCUCAAGUUUGUGAGUAUUUGUGCUCCAAAGUUUUCGGCAUUGAGUAUAAAUGAAAGCGAUUUGCAAAUUUCCAGUGAUUCAGGCGGUUGCCAGAUUAUGGUGUUUGGAGUUAGCCUGACAUAUUUUUCUUAUGCGGGUGAAUUUUUCAAUGAAUAUUCCAUACAUAACUCAUCAGUAUAUGAGGCUAAUAUUACUAUAUUAAGUUACGUGUUGUAUAAGCUACUUACUGGGCUCUCUAGUUUGAAGAUCCUAACUACGUGUUCUUAUUUCUUUGAGGUUGUUCAAACUAAUGCAUCAGAACUUCUUGUCCAGAUGCCCUCGUUCUAUGAUGUAACCAAGUCGGUACAUAAUUCAGUGCGAGUAGAUCUUGGUUGUAAAGGACUAUUGGUGAUGCUCCAAAACUGUCCCUGUCUUCAAACUCUCGUACUCAGAGGGGAGGUUAGCCUGUCCAACGAUAAUGUAAAUAAUGAUGGGGCUUUCGAACCACUUCCUCCUUGUUUCUCCGCAAGUCUUAAAGAGAUUGAAAUCUAUGCAUUUCAUGGAGGCGAGGAUGAAAUGUAUGCAGUGAAGAGUUUGCUCAAGGCUGCAACAGUAUUGGAGAAGGUGAGGGUUACUUUCUCUAGAUCUUUUGAAGGGGGACUAGAAGCGAUAAAUGAUGUCAACAGACAGUGA